CAUUUUGUAGCUGGUGUAGAAAUAACAAUAAUAACAAUAAGAAGAAAAUAACCUGAGAGUAAAGCUAAUGAGCUUAACGUUAGCGUCAGAUGUUUAGCCACUAGAUAACUGAGAUAGCGAAGUAAAAAAUUGGAUUUUUAAUUCUUUUUUAAUUAAAUUUAAGUUUUAAUUAAACUUUUAAACUUUAAAACAGAGGCUUCGAGUCUAAAAUGGCGGUUAAGAUAAACGCCAUUGAACACAGAGUUUAACACAGAGCAGGAAAUAAUAAGGGAUCAAAAGCAGGCAGUUUAGUGCUGAGCGAUAUAUCGUUUGUUUUAUAUAUCGUUUGUUUUUCAUGAUCACGAUAUUUCGAUACUGAAAUACCGCGAUAUGCAAAUGAGCCGAUAACUAAUCUCUGCCUGAGUUAUUGUGUCCUGUGAUGUACAUUUCCCUGCAUAAGGUUUAUAGAAGACGGUUCAGGAUGCCUGAAGUGAAGUCAGUGUUCAGAGAGGUUUUACCUAAACAAGGUCAGCUGUCGGUGGAGGACGUCCCGACGCUGGUCCUGUGCAAACCCAAGCUGCUGCCUCUGAAGUCGGUGACGCUGGAGAAGCUGGAGAAGAUGCAGCAGGAGGCGCAGGAGCUCAUCAGGCAGCAGGAAGCGGCUGACAGGGAGCAGCAGGAGCACGUUCAGUAGAGCGCGCCGCGAGGGGAUGGAGUGCGCACCUCCGUCACAACCUAAUAUCAUAACAUAUCACCCUAAUGAAUUAGUUCCACCAUUUUGUCUUCAUGUAGUUUUGAGGUUUGUGUUGCAGUGAUGUGUUCGGGUUCGAUGCCACACACACAGAGAGCCUCAUUUAUCAAGCGGGAUACAAAUGGACUAAUUUUACAUUUACACAAGAAAUCUGUUAUUUAUGAAAAUCCUGUAAGUUUGGAAAAACGUUCGUAACCUACUCGUGCUCCCGAGUGUGUGUAAAUUAACGCAUAAGACGACUAACUAACGUAAAUCCGAUUGAUCGGCUUUAAGUCGUAAUAAUCGUUUAAUCCGUAAAUCUAAGACAAAUAAAACCAGUCGUUUAAUUAAGAAGAAAUGUAGCUGUAAUGACUCUGCUUUUUUUUUUUGCCGUUUACUCAUCAUUUCAGCUCUGUGAGCUUUGCCUUUUAUGGAGUUUUGUGGGCGUCACCAAAUGUAAAGCAGCUGAGCAUUCAUCAACACGAAGAAAAUCAGUAUUUCUGAAACUUUUGUAAAUCUGGAGGACGUUUUAACUUCAGUUUGGCUUACGCAAAACUUUUACACGUAAUUUUACUAAAAAGAUAAAUGAGGCCCAAAGAACACACACCACAACACACAACUAGAUACGACGUGUAUGUGUUUAUAGUAAAUACACGAGCUACCAGAAUUACAUUCAAACAUUUUAAAUAUACAUAAUUAUUUAUGUGAAGCUUGUAAUGGUGGAUAAGAGGAUGGAUUUGUAAAAUUAUUUAUUUUUGACUUUACUGUAGAGAUCACCAUAAUGUCUACAUCAUAAGCAUGUCUAUGUAAGUAUUACGAUGUACACAACCUUUUAACUACACAUACUGGGCAUUUGAUCAGGUUCUCCUACCAUACGUACCAUAUGUAUACAAUUACUGACCAACCUUUCUAUCAUUAUGCACUAUGUAUUGGCACCCGUCUUCACAAUCCAGCAGUGGAAAGUUUCCAUCACUGAGCAGAUAGUUGGGUUUUAUUCUUAAUGCAGCAGUGACACUAACGUGGUAGUGGAUCAGGUCCAGCAGAGCUGCUGGGUUGUUUAAACCUACUGCAUUUUAUUAUUACACACUCCUAAGUCUGCUCAUGUUCAGUCAGAAACAAAAGCUUAUCUCCGCGUACAGUGCGUGUCAUCAGUGUCAGUUUCUGACCACCACAUCGCGGUUAGGUGUCGCUGGUGGACUGUUUCUCAACCCAGCAGUGACACUGAGGUGUUUAAAACACCAGCAACACCAUCACUGCUCUAGCUGAUCCACUCCUACUGGUGGCACACUGCAGUGUGGAGAGUUGGAGGAGAAAUACAAGUGCUGGGCAACAUUUUGAGACAGCGAAUAAAUAUGAAAAAAGAUUAAGUAAUUAUAAACCAUUUUGAAAUCA